AUGGGAUAUGAAGUAGAUCUUACUAUUCUAGAGACAUGUGCUAAAGCUUUACUAGAUGCACUAAGAGAACCAUUAGAAAAAUUCUUUGGUAGUGAUGAGACCAUUAAGAGUGGCGUAAAUUUGUUGAAGAAAAGAAAGAAGAAAGAAAAAUACAUAAGAGAUGUUUCUAAGAAGGCAAAUAAUUCAGAGGUUAAAGUAGACAUUGUUGAUAAUGAAAAGAUUUCAGAGGAACCAGCACAAACAGUUGACUCUCAGGAAGCUGAGAUCCCAACCCAAACAAAGCAACCAUCAGAGACUGAAAAACCCACUGAAGAUAAAGGUACUUGCACAGGGCCACCGGAGACAGAGAUACUGACAGUUGAACUUUCAGAGAAAAAAAUUGAGGCAGAGCUUAGGCGAGAGAGCUUUACCCAUCUCAUUGCUAAUGAUAAAAUGAGAAAAAUGGAAGUUAAGGAGGCUAUCCUUGAGCUUGCUAAGGUUUAUGUGCCAAAAGAAGAUGUGGACUUCUCCUCUAAAGAUUCAAAGGAUGAGUACUUUCAGGAGAUUGAAGAGGAACAAGAGGAUGAGAGUGAUAAUAACUCAAAGGAUAUUAAUGAGCGUAAGGAAGACAGUGAAAGGUCAGCUCAAAGAUCCCCAUCCUCUAUUGAAUAUGGAGAAGACAAUGCGAAGCCCUUUUCUUAG